UUGGUCUGUGUGUAAAAAAAAUUAGAAAAAAAAUGUCAAACAAAUAAAAUUGUCUGUAAAGAAAGUUGUCUCUGAAAAAAAAGUAUUUGUCUCUGAAAGCACAGACAUUUUCAAUGACAAAUUCUUUUUUUGCCAAUGACAGCCUAUACUGUCCCUGUUUUCUUUCCAUCAUGAGGGGAAAAACAAAUCAGUUAUUUUGCAUUUUGAAGGUGGGGUAUGAGGAAGAUGCUUUAAUCAGCCCUGCUUGUUGUGGAAUGCACUUCCUGGACAACAAACUGUCACAUGAAAUGUUGUAAUCAGGAAGCAACUUUUGUUUGAUCAUAUAAUGCGAGUUUCAGAGCCUGAGAAUCCAGUUUCAGGUGUUUUCUUUAGCUGACAAGGAUCUCAGAGGCGACUUCACCUGCAGGGAAACAUGUCUCACAGUGAGUAGUGAGGUUCUGUGCAUGAGUGUUUUUCUGUGUUCCUAAUGAAUUAUGUGAAGCAUUAAGUGUCAGUUUUAAGUCUCUUGCGUGUUGUUGUGCAGACAGUGUGACUGACACCAGGCAGAUGAUGGUGGUGAUAUCCACAGUGGAGGAAUGGUCAUCUCUGAAGUCUCUGCUGAAGGAAAGCUCUGGGGAUAAAUGUCGCUUCAGCUCUGUGGGAUCAAACCAAAUCUGUGACGUGACGGUGGAGCAUCACUCCAUCAGUCUGCAUUAUGCAGAUUUAACUGCAGACGUGACCGAGGAAGCCACGAGCCAGGCCAUGGAGGGCUGCUUCUGCUCCUGCAGGGAAGGGAUCGGCAUGUUCCUGCUGCUGAUCCGAGGUGGAUGCUACACCAAGCAGGAGAGGAGGAUGGUGGAGAUCCUGCAGGCCCACUUUGGAGCUGAGGCCUUAAAAUACCUGGUGGUUCUGUCUGUGGAGGACGGGGAGGUCGUGGACACGCUGGACGACGCCCUGCUGGGUUUAAUAAACGCUUGCGACGGCAGAUACUGUCGCUUCACGUCAGCUGAAGGCCUGCUCGCUCUGCUGGAGAUGGUGGACUUCAUGCUGGCUGAAAACGGGGUGGGCGGUUACACUGAAGAGAUGCUAAGAGCAGCCAAGAAGAGGAGCACGGAGGACUCGGCCUUGAACAUGCUGAAGCAGAAGGUUCAGGAGGCCGAGCAGAAGGAGGAGGCUUUCAAGCUGCUGCUUCAACAGCAUGAGGAGAGAAGAUCCAGAGAGCUGAAGGAGCUGAAGGCCAAACACGCCGAGGAGAGGAAGAAGGAAGCAGCUGAGGCAAAACACUACGAGACUAAAAGAGAGAGUCUGCAGGAGGCUCUGAUCAGCCACAGGGCCAUACUGCAGCUGCAGAUGAGCAGCACUGAGGAUGAUGAGGCUAAGAAGCUGUCCGUCGUCCUGCUGGGUCUCUCCGGCAGCGGGAAGUCUUCAGCCCUGAAUCUGAUUCUGGAUCGGGCAGGUAACCGGUACUCGGUCAACAGAUCGGGCCACGAGGCGGCUCCGACCACGACGACCUGCGUGAGGAAGGACGUGUUUGCGGCAGGGAGGCGGCUGGUUCUGGUGGACACCCCGGAGCUGUGGGACGAGGACGGAGCGGAGGACGUGGAGCUGGUGAAGGACUGCCUGGCCCUGGCUCUACCUGGACCCCACGUCUUCCUGCUGGUGCUGCAGGUGGGACGCUUCACCCAGGGGGAGGGCGACAUGCUGGGGCGCCUGCAGAGGAUCUUCGGACGGGAGUUUGCGGAACACGCCGUCGUCCUCUUCGUCCACUUUGAGGGCAAAACGAGGGAGAAGAUCGACGGCUACGUGGCCGGAGCUCACGCCGCCCUGCAGGAGCUCGUCAGGAAGUGCGGGAGUAGAUACUACGAGCUGAGCGUCGCAAAGUCCCAGAAUGCUUUGAGCUACCCUCAGGUGAAGGAUCUGCUGUCAGGAAUUAACAAACUGGCUGCUUCACACGGAGGACGGUCAUACGCAGUGAAAAGAUUUUCUGUUCAGGAGCUGCAGGAGAGAAAUAAAGCGAUUGAAGAGAGGAAGGAGGGAGCUCAGGAAGGGAACUUUCUAUUAAGGGAUGAAUAA